AUGCGCGAUCGGGGCACCUCCGGCAGCGGAAAGAAGUGUGGCUUUUGCGCCAAGGAAAUAUCCGCUCAACAUCAGUGUCGCAGCUGUGACUUCAGCCUCUGCUCGCACUGCCUCGUCAAUGCUUCGAUCGUCCACCCCGGCCACACCUUUGAUGACUUUGCGGUCAUGGUCCAAGCAUCAUCUGCCCUCUGCGAUGCCUGCAAUUCGGAGCUGGGAGACGAGCGAUACGAGUGCCGAUUCCACCCUGCUCAACACGCCUUGAUUAGGAGACCCGAGCUUGCAUACGAGAACGGCCGCAUCAUCCAGGAGAUCCUUGAGGGCAGCGAGAUUGAUGAUAGUGAUGCCAACGACUGUCAUGAAGGAGGUCUAGUAUCUUAUGAUGCUGCAGCCGUACUCCAGGACCGUCCGGUGCCCACGGAUGCUGAUCUAGUGCCGCGACGGCAACAGCAAAGACAAGAGCAAGGCAUUCGCCCUCAGGUCAAAAUCACGCUCGCCAUAGAAGGCCAAGUCAAAGCCGAGGAGAUCGCGAAAGGGCUUAUGCAGACUGCACAGCAACUAUUACGCCACAAGCAGGGCCAGGGCACGAUCGAGGGUACUUGGACAAAUGCCGUCUCCGGGCGGGCUCUGGACUGGAGGGAUGGGCCGAGUAGAGAUGGCAUAGGGGCUGGGGAAAGGAGUGGCGACGGCGAUCAUGCCAGCAACGUCGAGUCUUCAAAUCCGCUGAAUGACUUCGAGCUUCCUGAUGCCAGCUCUAGUGACGAGUCAGAGCUGUCCAUUGAGCCAACACCCGUCUCAUCACGCCGUCGCUGGCUCCCAGAUGACAGGAAGCAGUUGCGGAAGAUGAAAAAGCAAGGCUGGAGUAACACCCGGAUCGCCGGAGCGCUGGGUCGGAGCCCAGGUGCCAUCUCGCAACAAUGGAACAAAGAGAAGGAGCGCCGGGCAGUAAGGGACAUUAUCUCGUUAUGA